AUGGCCGCGCUAACAGCUUCUUCUUCUUCUUCGUCUAUUACUCUGCUCAACAAGCCUUCUUUACCUAAACGCUCUUCCUUCUUCUCCUCUAAUUCACACUCUCGUCUUCUCCGAUUCUCUGCUUCUGCUCAUCCUCGUUCUCAAUCCGCCGCCAUACGCGCCGUUGCUCUCGAACCGGACUUAAACAAAACUCCACCUGUCCAAAUUGAGGAAACUCAGGUUUUCGCUUGUCCUGUUUGCUACGAACCACUUCUGAGGAAAGGACCUUCAGGUAUCAACCUGCAAGCAAUCUACAGGUCAGGAUUCAAGUGUGGGCAAUGUAAGAAGACAUACUCUAGCAAAGAUGAAUACUUGGAUCUUACCGUCACUGCUGGUUUGGAGACUUUCAGUGAAGCCAAACCCAUCACCACCGAGCUCUUUCGGAGUCCAUUAGUUUCAUUUUUGUAUGAAAGAGGUUGGCGAGACAACUUCAAGCGAAGCGGCUUUCCUGGUGCAGAGGAAGAGUUUAGAAUGGCUGAGGAAUACUUCAAAGAAGCACAAGGAGGAGUUCUUGUGGAUGUUAGUUGCGGAAGCGGUUUGUUCUCAAGGAAAUUCGCAAAGUCUGGCAAGUACUCUUGCGUGGUUGCUCUCGACUAUUCCGAAAACAUGCUUCGUCAGUGCAAUGAGUUCAUCAAGAACGAUGAUACUUUCGGCAGCUCGACUAAUAUAGCCGUUGUGAGAGCAGACGUCUCUCGCCUCCCUUUCCCUUCUGGCUCUGUUGAUGCAGUUCAUGCUGGUGCUGCCUUGCACUGUUGGCCUUCUCCUACAAACGCUAUUGCUGAGAUAUGUCGUGUUCUGAGAAGUGGGGGUGUGUUUGUUGGGACGACGUUUUUAAGAUACAGUCCUUCGACUCCAUGGAUUAUAAGGCCUUUCCAAUCGAGGAUUCUGCAGAGCUACAAUUACUUGAUGCAGGAUGAGAUCAAGGAUGUGUGUACGUCAUGUGGUCUCACAGGUUAUGUAGACAUUGUUGAUGAUUCUUUUAUCAUGUUUACUGCUCGCAAGGCGUAG